AUGGCUUCGAAAUAUUUAAUUUUCGCCUUCUUUUCGAUACUAAUCACAUUGACUGCUGCCUUCACCUGCACAAAUUGCGCUGCGCUCGAGCUCAGGCCACCAUCGACCGGGAUGCCCUGGGACAAAGACGGCAGCAGCUCACAGCAUGUAGCCACUCCUAGCAAGAGAGAUGAUGCGCAACUCAUUCAGCCAGACGGGCCACACCAGACCGCCAAGCUAGGCUACAAGACGGAGCUCACUAAGGAAUGCGCACAAGCCUGCCUCAAGACUUGCCGUCCGUUUGACUUUUUGCCGUACGAGUAUGCAGACUGCCGAUUGGUACCGACACGAUUGGGCAAGAACGAGAAAGGUGUCGGGAACCCAAACCAGAAUUACCGAAAAACACGAACCAAGGACAGAAAAUGGAAGCACGAAGUUACGUAA